AUGAAGGCCUCAAUCAUCCUCUCUCUUCUUGCGCCCUUGACGGUCGAUGCGCACUACAUCUUCAACCGCCUCAUGGUCAACAACCAGGCCAUUGGUGGUGACUAUGCUUACACCCGCAAGAACACCAACUCCUACAUGCCCUCGUUCACCGCCGACAUCGUCAACUCCCCCGACCUGAGGUGCAACAAGGGAGCCAAGGCUGGAGGUGUUCCCACCUACACCGUCAAGGCCGGUGACAAGAUUGGCUUCAAGCUCGCAUUCAACGAGAAGAUCGAGCACCCCGGCCCGGGCUUCGUCUACAUCUCCAAGGCCCCUAGCAGCGUCGCCAACUACGAUGGCAGCGGUGACUGGACCAAGGUCAUGGAGAGCGGCCUCAUCAACCCCAGCCAGCCCGGUGUCGACACUGCCUGGGACAGCUGGCAAAAGGACCGCCUUGAGUGGACCAUCCAGAAGAGCAUCCCUGCUGGCGAGUACCUUGUCCGCGUUGAGCACAUCGCCAUCCACGAGGGCCACGUUGGCAAGGCUCAGUUCUACAUGGAGUGCUUCCAGCUGAAGAUUGAGUCUUCUGGUACUGGCAAGCUGUCCCCCACAGUCAAGAUCCCCGGUCUUUACAAGGCCAACGACGCCGGUAUUGCCUUCAACAAGUGGAACAACCCCAAGUCUUACCCCAUGCCCGGCCCCAAGCUGUGGAACGGACAGUAA